UUUGAGGAUUGAACGGUAAGAGAAGUGGUGAAUUAGGUGAUUGAUGAAUCAAAAACCGAUCCCCUUCUGCUCUUUGGUCUGCGUUUGAAAGAAGAAACGAGUUUGUUUUUGGAUACGAAAAUGGCGACCUUGAAUGUACCCCCUGUUCCUCCCUCCCCAAGAGACGACGCCAUAGCUCUUUAUACCGCUUUCAAAGGAUUUGGAUGUGAUACUGGCGUUGUCAUCAAUAUACUUGCUCAUCGAGAUGCCACGCAGCGUGCCUAUAUCCAACAUGAAUUCAGGACAAUGUAUUCCACCGACCUUCUCAAACGUUUAUCUUCUGAGCUUUCUGGCAAAUUGGAGACAGCAGUUCUGCUUUGGAUGCAUGACCCUGCUGGGCGUGAUGCCCUUAUCCUCAGGCAGUGCCUGACUGCGGAAAAUCUUGAAGCCACCACUGAAGUAUUAUGUUCGCGAACUUCUUCCCAGCUCCAGUAUUUAAGACAGGUUUACCACACUAAAUUUGGUGUUUAUCUGGAGCAUGAAAUUGAAAGAUACGCCUCCGGGGAUCAUAAAAAGAUGUUGCUUGCUUAUUUAACCAUUCCGCGUUCUGAAGGCCCUGAGGUAAAUAGAGAGAUAGCUGAGAUGGAUGCAAAGGUUCUCUACAAAGCAGGGGAGAAGAGGCUGGGAACUGAUGAGAAAACUUUUGUGCAAAUAUUUAGUGAACGGAGUGCAGCACAUUUGACUGCUGUAGAUCAUUAUUACAAUAGCAUGUAUGGACACUCAUUGAAAAAGGCAGUAAAGAAGGAAACAUCAGGAAAUUUUGCUCUCUCACUUUUGACAAUUCUUCAGUUUUCUGCGAAUCCUGCAAAGUAUUUUGCAAAGAUGUUGCGCAAGGCAAUGAAAGGUUUGGGGACUGAUGACACAAGACUUAUAAGGGUGAUUGUAACAAGAGCUGAGAUUGAUUUACAACACAUCAAAGCAGAAUAUUUAAAGAAAUACAAGAAGACGCUCAACGACGCAGUCCACUCAGAAACAUCUGGCCACUACAGGGCUUUUCUUCUCUUACUCUUGGGUCCCAAUCAGUAGACAAAAAUUUUCAACCAUGUUUUGGUAAUAAAUUCAGCGUAUGACGUUGAAUAUAUGAGCAGGUAUUUUCUGUAUUGGUUUAGUUAGCGUGUGGUACUCUGUAACUAAUUUCUACACGUAUUUGGUUUCAUUAUGUAUUUGCUUGCCAUAUCAUCACCAAUGCUCGGAUAAAGGAUUGGCGUGUUGUUUCCGUUUCAAACAUUUGUAAUUCUUUUGCUUGUGUUCA